AUGUCCGAUUUCUCGAUCUCCCAAGCAUAUUUGCUUGCAAACAAAGCACAAAUAAAACUUCAAAGAGAAGCCCAAAAACCUGACUUGAGCUUACGUCAUUUGUUGUCACACGCCCACUUGUUAGAUAACAUCAUUGCCCAUUUGUCAGACGUCAGAGAUGGCACAGUCACCGACGGAGAACCAAUAGCCGACAACACCAACUCCACCACCAUCACCAACAUCCAAGAUUACACCAGCGUCUAUGAAGACGAUUCCGAUGAAGAUACCGAAAUCAUCGCUCCCAUCGAUUCCGAUUCCGAUAGCGACAUCGACGAUGACGAUAACAGUUACAUCGACUAUUACCGCCACAAAGACGCCUCUUAUACAACAACCACCGGCCGCCACGGGGAAAUCUUCUACAAUGUUUCCGAAGUCAGUGAAAAUUACCAAGAUGCUUGCCGCCAUUCGGUUCACGACAUCACCACCGAAACCGUGUUGGUGGAUUCCGAUGACUCUGAUCUUUCCGAUAACUCUGACUUUUCUUAUGAAGAUUAUGACGAAGAGCUCGACACCUCUCCUCAUGAAGAUGAUGGUGACGAUGCCGAAGACGAUGAAGAAGACAUUUACGAAUUCAAUUACGUCACCAGCUCUGACCGUCACAAUUUCUUCAAGAAGAUCUCCUCCUCCUCCUCUACAAGUUACAAAUACCCAAGGCUAGUGAAGACUGGCGAAUCUUUAUUGGAUAACGCUACCGAAGAUUCCAAUACCACCGACGAUGAAAUUGACAUAACCGAGUUGUCCAUCUCCAAUACAUCAUCAGGUAAUUAUACCUACACGCCAUCAAUCACAUCCAACAACAACAACAAUAAUUUACAAUACAAGAUUCCAAAGUCGUUUGGUACUAAUGAUCGAAUAAUAUUGAGCAAUCAGACUUCCAAUGCUACCCCAACCGAACUCAAUUGCUAA